AUGUCCCCCAAAAUUGAAGAGCUUCCGGACGACUACAACGUAAAUAGUCAGGCAAGCAAACCUACGGACUCAUCUGCCCCUAAAAAGCUUCCCAAAAAGAACCCUUUUGCUGAAGAGCCAAAGAAGACAACUAUCAAGAGAUCGGCAGACGAAGUGUAUUCGCAACGCAAAGGACUCAAUAAACCACAAUUUACAAGAAACAAACCUAUAGAUAUCCUAUUUGAACAAUUGGAGACCUUGCUAGAUCUACCUUAUGAUCAAUCGAGCUUGAACAUUCUCAAUCAACGAAUUUUUAAUAAUGCCACCACUGCGGAACCACGGUUUAAAGUGGUCGCGUAUUUGCUUGAUAAGCUCCUAGAUAUUCAAAAAUACUCCUUGGAGCCUCAGUUCAAAGACAAGUCCGUAAUUGCAAUAUCAUUGCAUGACGUAAAAACUUUUAGCAAACUUGUAAACACUAUAAUUAUACUUGGAGUCUACCCGGCUUUGAAUGUGUUCCACAUUGGUAUACCUUUUGAGAAACGAACAUUGAAAGAUGCAAACCAGAGCAAAAAGACAUUUAAAAUUGACAAACUUAACACCGAUGACAAGACCGCUAUUGAACUCCUAAAGCUCCUCUACAGCAAACUAUUUGUCCUUUUCCAAACUCCAUCCGAUGUAACUGACUUGCUCAGCAAAGGGUCUGGUUUAUCAGACUUUAUCACGAUAUCCAUUGCUUUAAUAACAAUCCCCAACGUUGAUCAUGCAAAGUACAUUGACGAAUUUCCCAGUGUUGAAAAGAUUCCUGCCACUUUUGAAUUGUUUCAAACUUACUCGCUCUUACUUGCAUCUCCGUCGCCCAGCUAUUUCAAGACGUUUGUCAUCAACCGUCUACAACUACUCCCUUACAACUCACCCCGUGGUGAUGGUUUACUUGCACUUAUUGAGUAUGUUUUGGGUAUUCGUGAUCAAGACGAAAUUGACAUUGCCAGGUUUGAUCAUGUUGCCAACGUUGUGUUACUGAAGCCAAAAUCUGUAAACUCUAUUGACUAUUUCACCUCCAUUGGGAACCAAAGUUAUGAUUUGUUGGUCAACAUUAACCGACCAACUGUUACAUCCUGUGUUGUUUACGUUUUAGAGAAACUAUGGGGUAAAAACACAUUGAUUGUACAGGAUUUUUUCUUGAAGCGGGUAUGGAACAAUUUCAAUCCAAAGUCAGACAAAUCGGGGGUAUUGGUAACCGAAGCUCAACUAAACAAUGAAGUUAAUGUCUUGCUAUCGUUGUCGAGAAAAGGUUUGGAACCGGAUUUUUUCAAAGCGGUAAUGGCACCAAUCACUAUCCCUCUAUGGGGUUACUACUUGUACUUGAAACGGAACGCAAAGUCAGUCGAGGUGGUGUCAAACAUCUUGACAACGUAUUUCACAGUAAUGAAGGACUCUGACUCAACGGAUCUUGUUGGUGUGGAUCAAAUUGCAAACAAUUUGUGUGCUGAAGGAGGCAACAACUGGACGUUUACAACUGGACCAAAUAACUUGGUACAAAUUGAAGCCAACAAGAAUGUGUUUACCUCAGAGAGUAAAGAGUCAAGAGUUGAUAAAUUUAUCGUUGGUUUGGAUUUCGCAUGUACAAAUUUCUUGACAUUGUUGGAAAAUGUCGAUGGUGAUAUUGUUCAGGGUCUAUUUUUAAAGAUAUUGAAACAAUGGCUCAAUGGAGCUAAUUUGCUUGGUAGUGAUGAAGAAAGCCCAUUUUUGAAACUUGUGGACUUGAAGUUGUUGGAGAGUAUUGGGGGGAAGUUUAAGGAAAGUUUGGCAAGGACUCCAUCGGAAAUGUUGCUUAUCGUGCAAAGCUUCUUGAACACAAAAUCUGAAGAUGAGCAGGAUGGUGAUGACACCAUGCAUGAUUCUGAUGACGAAGAUGACGAGAGUGAAGAGAUCUUGCCUGUGUUGUUGGAAUUGCUCUCGGCCAUCUUGUCCGAGAAUGAUGUUGUAGUUGAUGAUCAAUGUACCGAGCACUUGUCAGCUAUCAAAACUUCAUUGUCGAAAUUGUCCAAACGGGUGCUGAAUCAGAAUAUUGCACAGUCGGCAAAUGCUUUAGAGUCGAGAAUCUCACACAUUUUGAGUGGUGAUGUCCCAGUUACAAAUCCAAUUGACGCUCAAAAGUUGACACUAAGCAGAGCGAUUGCCAGUUUAAAUGAUCCAUUGGCGCCAAUUCGUGCACAUGGUCUUUACCUCCUACGUCAAUUGAUUGAGAGCAAAAGCGAGGUUCUCUCUCUAGACUUUGUUAUCAAUUUGCAUUUGGUGCAAUUGAAAGAUCCAGAACCAUUUGUAUAUUUGAACGUGAUUAAAGGGUUGGAGAGCUUGAUACAGUGGGAUGAGCAAGUGGUUCUCAAAACUUUGUGUGAAUUGUAUCUAAACAAGAACACUGAUUUAGAUGAACGAUUGAGAAUUGGUGAGAUUAUUCUUCGCUAUAUACAAGUGUCGAAUAAAACAUUUCAAGGAGAGUCGGCCAGUCUUGUUGUCGAAACGACGCUAUUUGUCAUACGCAGACAUGACACAGACGACGAUAGAGUCAGAAUGUCGGCGAUGUCACUAUUGGGCAUGUGUUGCAAGGUGAAUCCGAUUGGGUUGAUUGGCAAGUUGGAAGAUGCGUUAGAUUGUGCCAUUGGUGUGCUCAAUUUGGAAACUGGUUCUGAAAAGGCCAUUGUGCGAAGAGCUGGUGUGGUUUUGAUCCAGGACUUGAUUUUAGGUACGUCCGAGACGGAUAAGGUGCAAUUCCCUGAGAAAUAUCGAGAAACAGUGAUUAUAGUGUUGAACUAUGUUGCAUCUACGGAUAAUGAUAUAUUUGUCAGAGAACAAGCACAAAAAGUAUUGGAUCUUAUUGAAGAGUUGUUCAAACUCGCCAUGGAUAUGUAUUUCGAGAAAAAAUAA